AUGAGCUGGGCGCUGGAGGAAUGGAAGGAAGGCUUGCCUUCACGGGCACUGCAAAAAGUGCAGGAGCUGGAAGGGCAACUGGACAGGCUGAAGAAGGACAGACAACAGAGGCAGUUCCAGCUGGACAGUCUGGAGGCUGCCCUACAGAAGCAGAAGCAGAAGGUGGAGAGUGAGAAGAGUGAGAGCGUCAACUUGAAGCGGGAAAACCAGAGCCUGGCGGAGGCCUGUGAGGGCCUGGAGAGGACCAAGCAGAAGAUGGCACAUGAACUGCAGCUUAAAGAGUCCCAGCUGAACUUCCAGGAGGGCCAGCUUGGCUCUAGCCGGAAGCAGAUUGAGAGGCUGGAGCAGGAGCUGAAAAGGUGCAGGUCUGAGCUGGAGAGAAACCAGGCUUCUGCCACCCCAAACCCUGGUGUCACCCCAAAGAAAGACAUUCUUGCCCCAUCCACACCUGCUCACAGCAUUGAUUCCAGGUAUGAAAAACUGAAGGAGAAAUACAGCAGGGAAGUGGAGGAGCGGAAGCGGCUGGAGACUGAGCUCAAGGCCUGGCAGGCCAAAAAACCCAGCCCGCAUCGUGCCCAGGGAACCCUGAACCACCGUGACAUUGCCCGCCACCAGGCCUCCUCAACUGUCUUCUCCUGGGAGCAGGACAGGACCCCCAAUCGUGUUCACUCCAGUGCACAGCGGACACCCGGGAGGAGAGAUCUCUGGGCAGCAGGGGACCAGGAGCAGACCCCUAGCCGGUGGCAGCCAGCACGGAGAGACAUUAAUAACAGCUUUGGGGACAGCUCCGGUGGUUCCCAACUCCUGGAUCAGCUGCAAGCCCAGAACCAAGAGCUCCGGAGCCAGGCCAGCGAGCUGGAGCAGCGCCUGCAAAGCCAGGAGCGGGAGCUGAGGAGCCAGGGGGACAAGAUCCAGGAGAUACAGCUGCAGCGGGACAGAGCCAGGGGGGAGUUGGCUGAGAGGGACAAGGCCCUGAGCAAGAGUGGGGAUGAGCUGGCACGGGUCGGCGCCCAGUAUGAGCAGGCUUCGGCCAAGUGCUCUGAGCUGGAGCAGAAGCUGAAGAAGCUGGCAGAGGAUCUAAGCUGCCAGCGGCAGAAUGCUGAGAGUGCCCGGCGCUCCUGGGAGCAGAAGAGCCGGGAGAAAGAGAAGGAGUUGCAGGAGGAGCUGAGCCGGCAGCAGAGAGCCUUGCAGAGCCUCGAGCAGGAAUCUGUGCAGGCAAAAGGCAAACUCUCACAGGAGCUGCAGCAGGCCAGGAACCACUGCAACUCUCUGCAGGACGAGCUGGACAAAGUUGCCUCCGGGAAACUACAAGUGGACAGAAAUCUGGAGGAGCUGAAACAGAAGUUGUGCAGAGCCGAGCAGACCUUGCAGGCCAGUGAGCUGCGGGAGAGCGAGCUGCGGAGAGAAAGUGAGGAACUGAGGAAGGAAGUGGGAGCCCUCCGGGGCCAGAGCCAGCAGAGUGUGGCGGAGGUGCGCCACCUGCAGGUGGAACUGGAGAAGGCUACUCAGAGCUGCAGCCAGAGACAAAGUCAGGUGGAGGAACUGAGAGCUAAGACCCAGUCUCAGGAAUCCAUGCUAGCUGAGCUCCAGGAGAGGCUCCAGGCCCAACAUGAGGGCUCCUUAGUGCUAGAGAAACUGAGGCUGGCAGUGGCAGAUCUGGAGCAGCAGCGUGACUGCUCCCAGGACCUGCUGAAGAAGAGGGAGCAUCACAUUGAGCAGCUAAAUGAAAAACUGGGCCAGGCGGAGCAGGAGACAAAGACCCUGCAGCGGAUGUUAGAGACCGAGCUGGCAGAGCGGGAGGAGUUGGCAGCUGAACGGGCCACGCUGUCUGCCUGGAAGAGUGAAAAGGAACCAGAGCUGCAGCAGUUGGAUGCGGACCGUGGUGCCCUGCAGGCCCAGGUCGGCCACCUGGAGGCGUGUCUUCGGGCUCAGCAGCUGAAGAGCCACGAGUACAAUGAGCGUGUGAGUACAUUGGAGCUGCAGCGUGACAACCUGCAGGCCGAGGUCCAGGGCCUGCGUCAUGCGCUGGACAGCCGGGCUGCCGAGGCUGAGGCCCAGCAGCAGGAGUCCAAGGCGGCAGCUCAGAAGCAACACGAGGAAGUGGAGAAGCAGCGUUCUGAGGCAGCCCGACUCUUGGAGCAGGUGGGAGGCCUGCAGCGCCAGCUUGAUACACUGUCCAGCGAGAUGAAGGACAGAGACCAGCAGUACCAGGACCUGCUGAGUGAUUACGAGAGCCUUCAGACUCGACUGCAAGCAAGGGAUGCAGCAGAGGGACCCAGACAUGUUCCAGAGGGAAGCUUGCAAGCCCCUGCACAGCCGGCUCUGCCCAGUUCCUCUUAUAAUGAUGUCAAGGGAGAAGGUGGGGGCCCACUGACCUUGGAGGGUGAUGGCUGCUAUCCUGCCCAAGCCCAUCCACAUCACUCUGACUCUGCGAGUUGCAUCAUAGCACUGGAGGCUGCUCUGGAGAGUCAGAAGCAGAUGAACUCGGACCUUCAGAGACGCUGUGAUGAGCUGGAACAUGUACGAGGAGAGAUGGAAGAAAACCUCAGCCAGGCUCAGCGACAGCACCAGAGUCUCAUGGCUGAAACCAGCCAGCGCAUCAGUCAGUUGCAGGAAGAUGCCGUGGGCCACCAGCAGGCAGUGGCUGACACCUUAGCGGCCCUGGAGGGCAAAGAGAAGGAGCUGCAGCACCUGAGUGAGGCCUUGACGGCGCAACAAGCAGAAACGCAGGAGGUGCGGGCCAGCAAGGACCUCCUGGAGGUCUCGCUCCAGGAGCUGCAGCGAACCUCCGAGAGCCUGAGCUCCGAGAAGGCAGAGGCUAGUGCUGUCCUCGCCCAAAAAGCAAAGGAGAUAGAAGCGUUGUCCCAGGAGAACAGCUUGCUCAGGGACGCAAACACAGUCUUAACGCAAGAGAAGAUGCGCUUACUUCGAGAAAGUGAGGACUUGUCCCAUGGUGCUGAUGAGCAGGAGAAGCGCCUUUCAGAGCUGGCCUCCGAGCAUGCACAAGAGAAGCUAGUGCUACAGCAGAGGUGUGAGGAAGCAAACCAGGCCCUGUUGGACCUGGGCACACAGUACCAGGUCGCCACCACGGAGAAUGUGCGUUUGCAGGGCUUGUGGAUGGAGAGCAGACAGAUGUGUGAACGCCAGCAAGCACAACUGGAACAGCUGCAGGACUCGGCCACCAAUGAGCGCCAGGUUUGCACCACAAAACUAGCCGAAGCUGAGGAGAGGAGUGAGGGGCUCCAGCUGGAGCUGGCGGCCGUGCAGCAGGAGUUGACCACCCGGAUGGCAGAGCUCCAGAGCCAGGCAGGGAGAGAGGUGGACAGCUUAAAGCAGGAGGUGCAGGUGCUGCAGGCUACCCUUAGUGUGUUGGAGCAGGAGAACCAGCAGCUGCGAGCAUCCUUGAAUCCAGACCCUGAGAACUCCAGCUUGGAGCUGGCCCCACAGAGGAAGAACAACGAGACCAAUUUCAGUGCUAGCAUGCAGGAGGCUGUGGUGGCUGCGCCUCUGGAUGAUGCUGAAGAGCUGCUGGACACCACAGUGCCGGAGCUGGAGAGGACUCCACAGCGCCCUCUGCAGGCCGGGGCAGAACUUGUUCCUUCACAGCCCACAGGUGCUCUGUUGCACGAAGGGAAUAGCCCAGGCUUUGAAAUCCACAGAGGAGGCCAGUCAGCUGCGUCCCCAGAGCUGAUGGCCAGUCCUGGCACUGACCAUGCACUCUUGCAGCAUUCCCUGAGGGCAGCCCUGAGCCAGCUGGCUGGGCUGCAGCAGGUAUGUGAGGGUCUGCAGCGGGACAAGGCUCAGCUCCUGUCCCAGCUGACAAGUGCCCAGUCACAGAGCAUCGUGGCAAGCAGCAGGCUGGCCAAGGAGGUAGAGCAGCCGGUCCAUGAAGCCCAAGGACUAAACUGUGUCGAGGGGCUUCCACCAGAGGAAGAGGGGCUUGGAGCCAGGAAGGGUGACUUCCUGGAGGAGCUCCCCAGUGCUUCGGAUGUUGGCAGUGUCAGUGCACACGGCAAGGACUAUGAUGUAGAGGCCCAGAAGCAGAACAUGCAGGCCCAGCACCACGAUGCGCAGGUCCGCAAGCACUUGUUAGAGCUGCAGGAGAGACUUGCCUUGCUGCAGCGUGAACAUGGACUGUGCCAUGAUCAGCGAGACCUCCUGAGCUCCAGGCUGGCUGAGCUGCAGCGUUACGUGGCUACACUGGAGGUGGAAGGCUCCGUCCAGCACGGGGACCUGGCGGAGAAGGUGGCCAUGGGCCCGCGCAGGGGUGAUGGGAGCUUCCUGUCCCUGUCUUCUUGUGCCACCACCGACAGCCCUGGUCUGCCAUGCGUGGGCACCUCCUUUUACAGAGACGUGGAAACGACGAUGGGAGAAGAAGCCUCCUUUCUUGGCCGCCUCGACUGGAGCAUUUCGACUGAGCCUGAGGAGAGCCCGGGCAGGGUGACUGCCCCCAUCACGCAGCUGAAAGAGCUGCAGGCCCGUUGUUGCAGGUAUGAACAGAGCCUCAGGGAGCUGGAGGAGAGUGUAGAGAGCCGGAAGGAUAAGGCCAUCGAGGAGUUGGAGCGACUGUUGGUCGCUGAGCGGCGGCAGCACCUGUCAGAGAGUGAGCAGUGGCGGCAGCAGCUGGAUCGUGUCACGGCGCACAUGGAGACCCAGCUGGCAGCUGAGCGGAAGCACAGGGAGCACCUGGUGCAGGAGCUAGAGGCUGCGCAGCUGCAGUUGCAGGGUCUGGACCUGAGUACGCGUGCCCUAUGGGGUAUUAGUCCUGGGCAGGCUUCUCGGGCCAGCAGCAAGAGCCAGGACCCCAACAAUUCAGAAGACACUACCCCGGAAGCUAAUGAGAGGGCCUCAACACCCGUCCUUCCAGGGCUGAGCCAGGAGGGUGCGCAGGGAGACUGCAGCCAGGAGAGUGGAGUGUUGCAGGGAGAAACUUCUAGAGAGCAGACCCAGGACCCCAGCUCUGAUAGCCCUGGUGAAGCCCAGGGCUAUCUUGUGGAUCCUCCUGGUCCUCCUGCCUCAGAGCCAGUGGAGUUCUCAGGGCACACGGCAGCCCUUGACUGCCUCCAGCUGCAGCUGAGCCAGAGUGUCCAGGAGAACUUGGGGCUCCGACAUGCCCUGAAGGAGCAGGACCAAGAGCUGCAGGGCUUGCAACAGCAAGUUCAGGCGCUGGAAACCAAACUUGGCUCGUGCGAGAUGCAGUCGGCCACCAGGAUGGUGGCCUGCCCGGAUUUGAAGAUGGAGGAACCAUCGGCAGGCCAUGACUCAGACACCUCUCUGGGUCAGCAGGCAGAAGGGGACAAGAAUGGCCCAGGUGACAGCUUGGAUGUGGACACGGAUGCAUCUUUUCUGGAGCCCAUCACAGACAGUGAUUGGCGCAAGCGUUUCCUGGCCCUGGAAGAGGAGCUGCUGGAUCUCCGGGGCCAGUGGGACCAGGCCAAAGGGCAUGUCCAGUCCUUGGAGGCGGACCUGGCCUGCUUACAUGCUGAAAAGCUGCACUUGGCAGAGGACAAUGAGGACAAACUGAGGAUCAUAGCGGGUCUUCAGGAAGAACUCAACACCCUUGCUGAGGAGAAGAACCAGCUUCUGGGCAUGGUAGAUGCGAGAGGUCAGGGGAACGCAGAGCUUGAUGUUCCAGAGCUGGUAUCUAGAGCUGGCUGGGAACCCCAUCCAGGUCAGCUGGCCACUGUCCAGCCCCUUCCCACCUCGGAGUUGAGUGGACACAGCCCAGAGACGAUCUGUGCUGGGGACUUACAGGAUGAUGAUCCAGGGGCUGCAGGACAGAGCCAGUUGGAGGUGGGAGGAGCCCAGGAGCCGCUGACCCAGGCCCUGCGAGCAGCAUUAGCCGAGAAGGCAGAGGCAGCUUCGCGGCUGGACUGUGCGCAACAGGAGCUCCGGCAGUUGCGCCGGGGCAUGGAGCGUCUACGGGAGCGCAUAGAGGCUGAUGAGCAGCAGCGACACCGUGCCAAGGAGCAGUUGCAGCAGAGCGAACGUCGUGGGGAUGCACUGCAGGAUCGCGCUGAGAGCUUGGAGCAUGAGCUGCAGCUGGCAGAGGAGGCCCAGGAACUGGCCAUCCUGGAUGCCGAGCAGGCCAAAGCUGAGGCUGAGGUCCUCCGCGCUCAGGCGACAGAGCUGGCCGGGAGUCGAAACACUCUGGAGGCUGAGCUGGCCGUGAGGAAUGAACAGCUGCUGGAGGCGCAAGGACGUGCCUCUGAGAUGGAUGCACGGUUGUCGGCGCUGGAGAAGCUCCUAGAAGCAAAGGAAAAAGAGAAGGCGCAGCUGGAGGAAGAGGCCCGAGUUGCUGCCGCUACACUACAAGGGGACCUAAGCAAGCUCCAGGAAGAGAUGGCGGCCUUGUGUGUGGGGCUGGCCUCCCCAGAGGUGGCGGUGGAGGCAGCAGGGGUGCAGAGUGAGAACCCUCAGGAACUGGGGCUGCAACCCCUGCGGGAGAGCAUGGCCAAGCUCCGUGCACGGCUAGAGGCAGAGGAGCAGGAGCGGCAUCAGGCAUCGGAGAGGCUGCGGGAAGGUGAGCACCAGGUUGGACAGCUGCAGGAGCGUGUAGACAGCCUGGAGCGAGAGCUGGAGGUGACUGCUAGCCUCCGGGAGCAGCUGAGAUUGGACAUGGAGCGCGCACUUGCUGAUGCAGCUGCCAUGGCUGCUGCCAAGCUGGACAAAACUGCCAGGCGCCUCGCGGCAGUGCAGGAGGAGCUGGCGGACACCCGGAAGGCCAAAGACAACCUGGCUACAGCCUUGCGGGAGCAGUGUGAAUGCACAUCAGGCCUGGAGAUGCGCUGUGAAUCCCUGGAAACGCUGCUGCAGGAGAAGGAGCAGGAGCAAGUGGAGAGGACAGAUGAGGCCAGAGCGGUGGCUGAGACUCUGCAAGCAAGAAACGAAGAGCUGGAGAUGGAGGUGGCUACCCUGCGCCAGGCCCACGAGGCUCGCGUGGAUGCGCUGGAGAAUGAGAAGACUCGGCUGCUCCGUGGCUUGGAGGAGGCCAUAGCUGGCCGUGAGCGCGAUGCAGAGGUUGCUGCACGGAAGCUGGCGAAGAAGUCGGAGGAGAUGCUCACAGCCCAGGAGCAGGCUGCGGACCAGCUGGCUGCCCAGCAGCGGAGCUGGCAGGAGCAGGAGGCCGAGCGGAUGGCGCAACUGCAGUCCCUGCAGGAUGCCCUGGAUACCCAGCAGAAGGCGCUCAGGGAGCUGCAGGUGGAACUGGAAGCCGCCCAGGCAGACAAGGUGUCCUUGGAGCAGCAGGUUAGCACCCUGAUGGCUAAGGAUGCAGAGUUGCAAAGAGAGCGGCAGGAGUGGGAGGAAAAACUUCGAGGGGAGCAGGACCGGCUGGCCCAGGAGCUCCGAUCAGCUGCCAGUGAGGCCCAGAGCUGCCGAGAGCAGAUGGAGGCGCUGGACCUACAGGUCCAGGAACUGAAGGACAGCCUGGCCCAUGCACAUAGAGAGCUGGAGGAGGCAGCAGACCAGAGGGCCCAGUGUCAGCAGCAGUUGCAGGAUGCAGAGCAGCAGCACCAGUUCCAGCUGCUGGGUGCCAGGCUGCAGCAUGAGCAGGAAAUGCAGGCAUGUCAAGAGAAGUUGGCUUCUAAAGAGGAGCAGCUCAGCUCACAGACAGUGGAACUGGAGCUAUUGAAGGGCAAUGAGAUCACGCUCAACCAGGCCCUGCAGACGGCCACCAAAAGUCUGGAGGAGCUGAAGAAGAAAGCACAGAGAGACCAGCAGGAAAGGGAGCGUGGGCAGGGAAAGAUGAAGCUGCUCAUCAAGUCCUGCCGCCAGCUGGAGGCUGAGAAGGAGGCUCUGCAGAAGCAGCUUGACUUGCUGAAGGGUCAGCUGGACCAGCAGCAAACAGAUGCCACAGGCCAGAGUCUGGAGAACCUACAGUCAGAGGUGGUGGAGUUGCAAACCGCCCUGGAGGAGAAGGGCAACGAGGCCAAUCAGUGCUUGGACAAGUACUGUGCCCUGCUCGUUGACCAUGAGAAAUUGGAGAAAGCCAAGGAGCUGCUGGAGAUACAGUUGGCCCGACUCAGAGCUCAGCAUGCCCGGUGCCCACGUCUCCAUGGCACCCCCGAGGAUGAGAGACCCAGCCAGGGCUCUGGCAAACGGCGGCGGUCCACCAGGGUGACCGGGAGUGGGGGCUCAGGUACGCCUGCCACGCCUGAGACUUCCCGCAAGAGGAGCAGGAACAACACCCCGAGUGGACCUUGCUGCCCCAGGGAGCCAGCGGGCCCCGAGUAUGAACUGGAGGGACUGCCGGAGGUGGUGAAGAAAGGGUUUGCUGACAUCCCUUCAGGGAAGACCAGCCCCUAUGUGCUACGCCGCACCACGAUGGCUACCAGGACCAGCCCGCGCCUUGCUGCCCAGCGGGCAGCACUUUCCUCACCCAUCCUGGACAAAGAGAACCUGGCGGGGAUCCCCAAGGCAUCCACUGGGAGCAAUCUUCCUCCCAAGGUCAAGGUCACCCCAAGCAGCCCCAAGGAGCCCAGCCUGUGCACCCUGGCCCCCAGCAACCUCCCUGAGAAGACAUCUGCCAACAGUCCCCGGGAUAGUCUUCGGGCCAAAUGUGGCCGCCACACCCCCAGUCCCAGAGCCCCAGCCGAUCCCCAGACUGGCGAGAAUUGCCGAGUCCAGUAGGAGCACCUGGUUGGGGCCUGGAUAAGGGGCCACUCACCAUGGGAGGGGACAUGCCCAACCGAAGCCUUCUUUACUACCUGGGAACAACUUUGGGUAACCCCCGAAGAGGUGUAGGUGGAAACCCCCGCCAAGUCCCUUUUUACAGCCCUGGUUCCUCGCAUUGUAGACAUUAUUGUGACUUCUCUGCCAUGGGUCCCACUGCCGACUUCUGUCUGCAUGUGGGCUGGACGUUGCCACCCUGGUUCCUGGGACGUGCGUGCCUUGUGUCCUGAAGUUAGUCCUGGGUUGAGUUU